AUGGCUCGGAGGAUGAGCAUCAAUGAGCUGGAGGACCAGCUCCUCUGUCCCAUCUGCUUGGAGGUCUUCAAGGAGCCCCUGAUGCUGCAGUGUGGGCAUUCGUACUGCAAGUCCUGCGUGGUGUCACUCUCUGGAGAGCCGGGUGGGCAGUUCCUGUGCCCCGUGUGCCGCCAAACCGUGGACUGCAGCGCCUCGCCGCCCAACGUCACGCUGGCCCGUGUCAUCGAGGCACUGCAGAGCUGGGGCGAGGCAGAGCCCAUGCCACAUUCCUGCCCAAUGCACCACAACCCCCUCAGCCUCUUCUGUGAAGUCGACCAAGAGGUGAUCUGCGGGCUGUGUGGCACCAUCGGCAACCACCGCCAGCACAAGAUUACCCCCAUCUCGACCGCAUACUGCCGGAUGAAGGAGGAGCUGUCUGUGCUGCUGACUGAUGUCCACCAGUACAAGAGGAACCUGGAUGAACACUUCAGCAAGCUCAUUAACAACAAAAGCCGCAUCACAAACGAGGCGGAUGUCUUCAAGUGGGUGAUCCGUAAGGAGUUCCAGGAGCUGCACAGGUACAUCGACGAGGAGAAGGCCACCUUCCUGGAGAGCAUCGAGGGGAAGGCGGCCCAGUUCAUCACCUCCAUCGAGUCCCAGGUCAAGCAGACAUCAGAUGCCCUGCAGAGGCUGAAGGAGAUGCAGAGCUCUCUAGAGACACUCAGCAAUGAAAGUCAGAUUGAUUUCAUCCGGAAAUACAGCUCCUCCCAGUUCAGGUCAGAGCUCGCCGGUCUGCACCCUGGUGAUGGCGUCUUUAGCCCCGUAUCCUUCAAGCCAUGUUUCCACCAAGACGACAUCAAGAUGACUGUGUGGAAGCGCCUGCACCGCCGUGUCCUGCCAGGUACAGCCCUGCCCUGCUGGCUGGGGAAGCAGGACAGACAGACUGCCCAGCGCCGUGCUGCUCUGGCCUCUGUCUUGCUCUCUGCCUGUGUGCUCCUCACCCCGGGAGACCUCCUGGAGCAGAGGCUGGCCACUCCUCAUGCUUGCUCUGCUCAAGUUGAGCUGUGUGAGCUUGUGCCGGGCUGAGCCAGGGUCCGCCAGACUCCUGCUUGGAGCCUGCCUGCUUUCCUUCUAGCUCCAGAGACACUGAAGCUGGACCCAGUGACAGCACAUCCCCUCCUGGAGCUCUUCAAGGGUGACACGAUGGUGCAGUGUGGGCUGUACCAGCGGCGGGACAGCAACCCAAAGCGUUUCGACUCCAGCAACUGCAUCCUUACCUGCAAGGGCUUCUCCUGUGGCCAGCACUACUGGGAGGUGAUUGUGGGCACCAGGAACCACUGGCGUGUGGGCGUUAUCAAGGGGACGGUCAGCCGCAAGGGGAAGCUCAGCAAAUCUCCUGAGAAUGGCGUGUGGCUCAUCGGCUUGAAGGACGGGAAGGUCUACGAGGCCUUCAGCACCCCACGGGCCACCCUGCCGCUGACUGCCCGGCCCCAGCGCAUUGGCAUCUACCUGCACUACGAGAAGGGCGAGCUCACCUUCUACAAUGCUGACAACCCUGAUGAGCUCAUCCCCAUCUACACCUUCCAGGCAGAGUUUCAGGGCCAGCUCUACCCCAUCAUGGACCUGUGCUGGCCGGAGCGAGGGCCCUACUCCCCCCCCAUCAUCCUGCCUGCACCCACUGUGAGCUGGCACCCCCAGGUGUCGUACAACCCUCCUGCCCCAGAGGAACCCACGAAGCCAUAG